GUCUGUGAUAUCUUUGAAGCACUCUGUAAGAGCGGGCGCGUCUAUAAAAUGCCCCUAGAGACGUUGCCCAAUUCUUCAGACUCCUCUGAGUGUCUCUUGUCCGUUGCACUACCCUGCCUCCUUCUAGCUGUGAACUUACAAUGCUCAAGCUCGCUAUCGCCACUAUUGCACUAGCCACGUCUGUUGCUGCCGCCAACUACAAGCGUGUCACCUGCCCCGAUGGCGUAAACACGGCGACGAAUGAGGCUUGCUGUGCAUUCUUUGCCCUCAGGGAUGAUCUUCAGAACAAUCUCUUUGAGGGUGAGUGCGGCGAGGAUGUCCACGAAUCCCUCCGUCUCACCUUCCACGACGCUAUUGGCUUCUCCGGGUCUGGUGCGUUCAAGGGAACGGGUGCCGAUGGUUCAAUCAUCUUGUUCUCCGACACCGAACUCGCUGAUCCAGCCAAUGCUGGUAUCGAUGAUCCGGUCCAUGCAAUUGCACCGUUCCUCACGCGCCACAAUGUGACUGCUGGUGAUUUGAUCCAGUUCGCUGGUGCGCUCGGCAUCACGAACUGCCCCGGCGCGCCUAGGUUGGAAUUCCUCGCGGGUAGACCGAAUGCGACGUUCCCAGUGGACCCGGGAUCCGUUCCUCUACCUCAGAGCCCUGCCGACUUGAUCCUCUCGCGUAUGGAGGAUGGCGGCUUCAGUGAUGCAGAGACGAUUCACUUGCUUGUGAGCCACACGAUUGCGCGUUCUGACACCCUGGUCCCUGGUCACGAGGCUGUUCCGUUCGACACUACUCCCUUCACGUUCGACCCGCAAAUUUUCCUCGAGGUCCUGCUCCAGGGUAACGGCAUCCCGUUCGGCGUGAACAACACUGAUGGCGCAGAGGUCGACUCACCGCUUCCUCAGUCUGGAGAGAUGCGCCUCCAGUCUGACUUUGUUCUCGCUCGCGACUCCCGCACGGCCUGCGAGUGGCAAUCAAUGGUUGCAAACCAGCAAUUGAUGAUGCAGAACUUCCAGUCGGCCAUGGCUAAGCUGGCUAUUGUUGGACACAACCGCAAUCAACUCAUUGACUGCUCUGAGCUUAUCCCGAGCCCGAUUGCACCAGUCAGCUCUGCCGCAACCUUCCCUGCGGGUACGAGCCCAGACGACGUCCAACAGGCUUGCGCAGAGACGCCCUUCCCGUCGUUGGCGGCUACCGGUGGACAAGCGACUCAGAUUCCAGCUUGCCCUGACGGUGACCUUAACCUCGACGAUUGCCCGUCUUAA